CCUCCUCCUCCCUUCACCGUGCGCUCUGGUCCUCCUCUGCGCGCUCUGGGUCUCGCCUCGGACAAACUGCGGCGGAGCGCUGGAUCACCAAAAAGUUCGCCGAAUCGGUGUAGAAGUACCGGUCUCGGGGUCGGAGAGGUUCGCUGUCGGUUUUUCUGGGGACUGGGGCGUCGUUUCCUUUUAGUUUUUAGGUGUUUUUUCGCAGUUUAAUCAUGGAGACUCUCAGAGUUCUCCUUGCGCUGCUGUGCGUUUUCCUGGCUGGAGCGCAAAGGGAGAUCCAAGGAUCCAGGUUUGCGGAGUGUCCCGUCGACCUUUUCUUCGUCCUGGACACGUCUGAGAGUGUCGCCCUCAGACAGACACCCUCCGACUUUUAUAUCGACCAGAUCAAAGGAUUCACCAAACGCUUCAUAGAUGAACUCAAGGACAUGCGCCACCGGUGUGAUCGUAUCCUGACGUGGAACUCAGGAGCGUUGCACUACAGUGACGACGUCAUCCUCGUGCGAGAGCUGAGCGACAUGAACACCCAGCGGGAUGACCUGAAGAGAGACAUCGAUGCCAUCUCGUACAUCGGCAAAGGCACAUACACCGACUGUGCCAUCAAGAGGGGCCUCGCUGAGCUGCUCGUUGGGGGCUCCCACUACCACGAGAACAAGUACAUCGUGGUGGUGACUGAUGGCCAUCCUAUCACUGGCUACAAAGAGCCGUGUGGAGGCGUGCAGGAGGCUGCCAACGAAGCCAGACAACAUGGAGUCAAAGUGUUUGCUGUCGCCGUCUCACCUGACCAGGAGGACACCAGACUGUCCCUCAUCGCCACAGAUCAGACCUACAGACAGAACUUCACUGCUGCAGACGGCGACACCAGAUCCACCAAGAUCGAAACCAUCCGAACCAUCAUUAAUAUGAUCACAAACGAGACCAAGGAUGUGUGUUGCUCCUUCGACUGCAACGCUCCUGGAGGCCCCAAAGGACCAGACGGAGACUUUGGUGGAAAGGGAGAAACUGGUCGACCAGGGAUGCCAGGAGAGAAAGGAGAUAUCGGUGACAUUGGCAGCAUUGGUGAUCCCGGUCCUGUUGGUUACAGUGGAAUGAAGGGAGAUCGCGGUCCCAGAGGAGACAAGGGUGAAAGAGGACACAAAGGCUUCAAGGGAGACAAAGGUCAAAGAGGAAGGGAUGGAACUGACGGCCGCAAGGGUGAAGCUGGUUUUCCUGGACUUCCCGGCUGUAAAGGUUCUCCUGGAUCAGACGGUAUGCAGGGAGAUUCUGGACCGAAGGGAGACCCCGGCUCUUAUGGACUGAAAGGACAAAAAGGAGAUCCUGGAAGAGACGGUGAUCCAGGACGGCCUGGAAACUACGGACCCCUGGGACCUCAGGGUGAUCGGGGUCCUCGCGGAGCCGACGGGGACAAAGGAGAGCGCGGUGAUGAUGGGCCACCUGGAGCAGAUGGAACCCGCGGCGAGAGAGGAACAGUUGGAGAGAAGGGAGAGCAGGGUUCCCGCGGAAACAGAGGUCCGAGAGGAGACGCGGGCGAGCCAGGACCCCGUGGAGAGCAGGGGAGGGAGGGCUCAGCUGGCCCCAACGGAGACCCCGGUGAGCCUGGCAGACAGGGGUCUCCCGGCUACAGAGGAGACGAAGGCCCACCUGGACCAGAAGGACCCAAAGGACCGAGAGGAAUCAAAGGAGCUCAGGGAGACAGAGGCCCGAUGGGGGGGAGGGGAGAAGAUGGUGUCCAAGGAAACGGUACAGAAGGCUGCAAUGGUUUCCAGGGUUACCCUGGACCCCGUGGAGACCCUGGUGAGCCGGGUGGUAAGGGAACUCCUGGACCCAAAGGAGAUGACGGAGACGCUGGAGAUCCAGGCCUCGAUAACAACGAACCAGGACAGCCAGGAGCUAAAGGAGCCAAAGGUCACAGAGGACCUGAGGGCCGACCGGGACCUCCUGGGCCUCCUGGACCACCAGGAACUGAUGAAUGUGAAAUUCUGGAUAUAAUCAUGAAGCUCUGCUCUUGCUGUGAGUGUAAGUGUGCACCUGUGGACCUGUCCUUCAUUGUGGACAGCUCAGAGAGUAUCGGUGCCACAAACUUUGCUCUUGCCAAAGACUUCAUCAUCGCAGUCAUUGACAGACUGAUCAAAGACCAGCAAGUCAAGUUUUCAACGAACCAGUCCACCGUGAGCGUCGUCCAGUACAGUGGAGCACGAGCCCAAGAAGUUGUCAAACUGACCACUAACCUCACCGAUUUUAAACAGGCAGUGAGAGACCUGCGCUGGCUGGCUGAGGCCACUUACACAGGAGAAGCUCUUGAUUUUGCUCUGACCAACACAAUCAGCGAAAUGAGGAAAGAGAACAAAGUCGUCCUCGUUCUCACCGACGGACGCUCCGAUAUCAGCAGGGACAAGGUUCCCCUCAACGUGCUCUGCGGUAAAGACCUGCAGGUUGGAGGUUUGGGAGUGAAGGACUACUCCGGCCGACAGCCCAACCAGGAGCAGCUGGAAGCCGUGGUCUGCAAGAGUGACCCCAAACCAGGCUUCUCCUUCGUCCUCGACAACUUUGCUGAGCUGCUGGAGGACAACUUCCUUCAGAACCUUACAGGCAAAAUCUGUCAAGAGAAGAGAUGCCCAGACUACAAGUGUCCCAUCACUUUUGGUGAAAGUGCGGAUAUCUUAGUGAUGAUGGACAGCUCAGCCAGCGUGGGCCAGAAGAAUUUCGAAACAAGCAAGAUGUUUGUCAAGCGCUUGGCCGAGCGUUUCCUGGGCGCCGAGAGGAAGAGAGGCGCCACUGUCAGAGUUGGUGUGGCCCAGUACAGCCGGAACGCCCGCAUGGAGCAGCCGCUGACCACCAAUCUGACCCUGCUGUCUAAGGGCAUCGACGACGCAGCCUUCCAAAAUGACGGCACCAACGUGCUGGAAGCCAUGGAGUUUGCCAUGAGGAGUUUACGCGGCCGUGGAGACGCAUCGGGAGGCAAGAGGAAGCUGGUGCUGUUCUCCGACGGCAGGUCUCAGAGCGUCACCGAGCCCGUCCUGGAGAAGCGAGUCCGGGAGGUGGCGGACGGCGGCGUCGAGCUGUUCGUCAUCUCCGCCGGCAACCAGGUCAACGAAGCCAACCUGCGCAUGCUGGUGAGCAGGGGGCGGCAAGACGACAUCAGCUACGCUCAGCGCCACAUGUUCCGGGUCCCAGACUACCCCUCAUUGCUGCGCGGCGUCUUCCACCAAACCGUCUCCCGCAGGGUUUCCAUGCCCUGAAAGCAGGGCCAAGAACCACACGCUUUAGAUUUUUAGUCCCAUUAUGAAUAUUCAGUCUCACUCAUUUACCAUACACUGUGUUCAAAGAGAAAUGUCACAAAUGAAUGUGUGGCAGACAAAUGUAAAUAUUUUUCAUGAAAUGUCCAGAAACUUUUUUACCCUGAGUUCAUCCUCCAAGGCAGACCAUCUCAGGCUGUGUGUGACCUUAUAAUACGAUGCUGACCCAAAGUUUAGAGCUUGUGUGACCUUGCUGCCUUGGAGGUAAGGUUCAAGUAGAAAAGUCUCAAUCAGCACGGGUCACUUCGGUCCUGGAGAGCCAUCAGUAACAAUCAUAUCAACACCUGUUUCUGGCUUUUAUCUGCAUUGAGCUGAUUUCUACUCAGGUAUUCCCUGGAUCACUCUCAGCUUUACUUCAACCAACCAGUGAGGCUGCACUUUCUUAUCUCUCCAGGACCGGAGUUCCUGCUGUUUGAAGGAUUCUGUUUAGAGUCUAACGCGGACUCAUUUUUGCAGCUCUUACCGUUCUUUCAAGUGGUGUCGGAUGCGUUGUGUCACGAUAAUGUGAACCACAGCUGUGAACUGAAAACAUAUGCUUUAAUUGGUGAUUUCUUGCAGCGCUUAAUUGACCCGCAGGGCUGACUCUUUCUUAAUUAGCCUCCAACUUAUUUUUUUUGGAAGUUUUGCCCCCAUAAAAUAUACGUUGUGAAACUUAAUCGGGUAAGUGAUAACAUGUUCCUGACCUGAAGAUAACUGGCACCCGACAUCACUUGAAAGCUCUAUUAGAUCACCAAAGCAGGAAGUGAUAUCAGGCAGACUUUCAAAGAGAACCCAUCAGUUUUUCACCUGGUACUAAUGAGGACGCGACAGCUGGACUCAACAUGUGUGAUUUUGUGUGUGUGUGUGGGGCCCUCCGUGGGUAUAUCAUUUACAUGUACGUGUGCGGAUUUUUACGUGUAGCCUUGAGCGACUGUUUCAUAAACAGUUGUGCCGAGGUCACCGGUUCAAAUCCAGAAUAACAGAAUGACAGAAACCUGUUCUUUAUUGUCCGUGAGGCAGAGAAGCCUCAGUCGAACGCACACACACACACACACACGUACACACACAUGCCUUUGCACUUCAUCAGUGAGGUAGGAAAACAUCUGUCACGGUUGAAGGCUGGAAAAGAAACCUAAUGGGGCUCGUGAUCGCCCUCACACCCACACACACACACACACACAGAAAAACACACACACCUUUUAGGUCCCUACAACUGUAAGUUCCACACUUUUUGUUUGGUGGCUCAGAGUUACUGGACUGUCGUGAUUAUCUGUGGUGCUAUUAGUCUCAGUGUAUCAGCCUCUGCCAGUGAUGUUAAAGAAGAUAUUUUUACCUGAGGAAGCAGCCUCAGUAGUUUUGUAAGAGCUCCUUCAAUAAAGGUUGCUACACCAAA